UUUACAGAACCUGAAUAGCGAAAUCGUUCGUUGCUGUCUUCUCUUCUUGUCCGUGACACGGAGCGAGUCCGAAGCAGAGCAGAAGCAGCAGCAGCAGCAAAGCGAUGGAGGGCAAGCAUCAAUGGCGAGUUCUCGAAUUCUACAGCGGAGUCGGCGGCAUGAGGUAUUCGCUGACCAAGGCGGGCGUGGACGCGCAAGUGGUGGAAGCGUUCGACAUCAACGACGUGGCCAACGACGUGUACGAGCACAAUUUCGGGCAUCGUCCUUACCAGGGCAAUAUUCAAAGUCUCACUGCUGCCGAUCUCGACAGAUAUGAAGCACAAGCAUGGCUUCUUUCUCCUCCUUGCCAACCCUAUACUCGACAAGGUCUGCAAAAGCAAUCUGGUGAUGCUCGAGCCUUUUCAUUUCUCAGGAUUCUUGAACUCAUACCACACUUAUCCCGGCCUCCUAUAUUCUUAUUUGUGGAAAAUGUCAUUGGAUUUGAGACUUCUGAUACUCAUGCGAAAAUGAUUGAAACAUUGAAAAGUAGUGGUUUUGCUACUCAAGAAUUUAUUUUGAGCCCACUGCAGUUUGCGGUGCCAUAUUCUAGGCCUCGGUACUUUUGCUUGGCUAAAAGGAAUCCCUCAUCCUUCUGGAGCCCUUGCUUCAAUGACAAGCUUAUAUGGUGUCCAAGCCCAUUAUUUGUGCAUGAUGGUGAACCAGUUACUGAUGAGUGUUUGAGACCACAAGACAACUGGGAUAAGCUGCUGGAAUCUUGUGUCCCGGUGGAGCACUUUCUUGAAUUCAAGAGUAGUGCUGGCCCUAAAACGGCUGACUAUGGCUUUGAGAAUGCAAACAACCACAUUUCUAGAGAAUCUAAUGAUCCUUCCAAGGGUCAUGAUCAAAGAAAUGGAUUCAGCAGUACUGGUUUGGACCUUUACCAUGUACCGUUAAGUUUGAUAGAGAGGUGGGGCAGUGCUAUGGACAUUGUUUAUCCUGAUUCGAGGCGGUGUUGCUGUUUCACAAAAAGUUAUUAUCGAUAUGUAAAGGGUACUGGGUCUCUUUUGGCAACUGUUCAGCCAGAAAUGAAAGGCAAGGGAUUCCCAUUAAAGGAGCAGUGCCUUAGAUAUUUUACUCCUCGAGAGGUUGCAAAUUUCCACUCUUUCCCUGUGCAUUUUGUUUUUCCAGAUCACGUCAACCUUAAGCAAAGAUAUGCUCUUCUGGGAAACAGCUUAAGUGUUGCAGUCGUGGCACCUUUGCUUCACUAUCUGUUUACUGGACCAUCAUGACACCUAGAGCGUCAGUGCAAAGAUAUUGAGUGUUUGAAAUAUGACAUGGUCAUUGCAAGUUUUCGGCUUCCGAAUUUAUGAAAGCAAGCAACUGACAAAAGCCAUCGGAAGAUCUUACUUAGCCAUUUUUCAUGCCAUAGAGGUUCUAUAUUCUUUCAUGUCCCGUUUAGAGGAAAGAAAAAGAUGCGACUAUAAACCCCAAAGAGAAGGAUAACACAAGUACGCCCUGUUCAAUCAUGGGGAACCAUUCAUAAGUAUAUGGCGUUACUCUUGUCUUGAGAUUGUAAAAUGUCACGAGAAGAAAGAUUUCUGAUGGAAUAUGUGAUCUUCUUUGUAAAGUGAAAAGUUUUGAGUCAUUCGAGUGA